UGUCCCUCAGAGCGACUGCCGGAGGCCACUCACCAGGUCACCUCCGCGCGGGGCACCCAGUAGCGCGGGAGUGAUUCUGCAUUUUUCAUGACAGGCAAGAAUGCGGGUGGGCCGCAGGGCCCUCUGUGUGCUGGUUCUGCUGCUCGCCUGCGCCUCGCUGGGGCUCCUCUACGCAAGGACCCGGGACGCGCCGCACCUCCGGGUACCUCUUAAUCUGUGGGCGCCCGCGCGGGCCCCCCCCAGGCCAGAGUUGCCCGACCUCGCCCCCGAGCCCCGCUAUGCCCACAUCCGGGUCAGGAUCAAGGAGCAAGUGGUGGGGCUGCUGUCAGGAAACAACUGCAGCUGCGAGUCCAGCGCGAGGGGUCUUCACCUCCCCUUCCAGAGGCAGGUCCAAGCCAUCGACUUCACCAAGGCCUUUGACCCUGAGGAGCUGAAGGCUGCCUCUGCCGUGAGGGAGCUGGAGUUCCAGGCCUUCCUUUCAAGGAGCCAGUCUGCUGCGGACCAGCUGCUCAUUGCUCCCGCCAACUGCCCCCUACAAUACCCCGUGCAGGGUGUGGAGGUGCAGCCCCUCAGGAGCAUCUUGGUGCCAGGGCUGAGCCUGCAGGCUGCUUCUGGUCAAGAGACAUACCAGGUGAACCUGACUGCCUCCUUGGGCACCUGGGACGUGGCAGGGGAAGUGACUGGAGUGACUCUCACAGGAGAGGGGCAACAAAAUCUCAUCCUCACCAGCCCAGGGCUGGACCAACUCAAUCGGCAGCUGCAACUGGUUACUUAUAGCAGCCAAAGCUACCAGGCAAACACAGCAGACACAGUCCGGUUCUCCACCGAGGGACAUGAAGCGGCCUUCACCAUCCGUAUAAAGCACCCCCCCAACCCUCGCCUGUACCCACCUGGGUCUCUACCUCAGGGAGCCCAGUACAACAUUAGCGCUCUGGUCACCAUUGCCACUAAGACCUUCCUUCGUUACAAUCGGCUGCGGGCACUCAUCGCUAGCAUCCGCCGCUUCUACCCGACGGUCACUGUGGUCAUCGCCGACGACAGCGACAAGCCAGAGACCAUUAACGGUCCCCACAUCGAGCACUAUCUCAUGCCUUUUGGCAAGGGCUGGUUCGCAGGCCGGAACCUGGCUGUGUCCCAAGUGACCACCAAGUACGUGCUGUGGGUGGACGACGACUUCAUAUUCACUGCGCGGACGCGGCUGGAGAGGCUUGUAGACGUGCUGGAGCGGACGCCGCUGGACCUGGUGGGGGGCGCGGUUCGCGAGAUCUCCGGCUUCGCCACCACUUACCGGCAGCUACUGACUGUGGAGCCCGGCGCUCCGGGCCACGGGAACUGCCUCCGGCAAAGGCGCGGCUUCCACCACAAGCUCCCAGGCUUCCCGGGCUGCGUGGUCACUGACGGCGUGGUCAACUUCUUCCUCGCGCGCACCGACAAAGUGCGCGAGGUCGGCUUCGACCCUCGCCUCAGCCGCGUGGCGCACCUGGAAUUCUUCCUGGACGGACUAGGCUCCCUGCGGGUGGGCUCCUGCUCAGAUGUCAUUGUGGAUCAUGCAUCCAAGUUGAAACUGCCCUGGACAGCAAGGGACACUGGAACAGAGACUUACGCCCGGUACCGCUACCCGGGAUCACUGGACGAAAGUCAGGUGGCCAAACACCGCCUGCUUUUCUUCAAACACCGGCUGCAGUGCAUGACAACGGAGUGAUGGCCCCUCAGGGCCUUCCAACUAUCCGGCCCAGCCUGCCUCCUCGUCCCCGAAAGGAAUUUCUAGCAAACCCCACCACCCAGUGACCACUCCACUGACUGUCCCCGAUUCCCUUCUGGAGCUGAUCCCAAACAGGGGCUUGUCUUGGUGACACCCCUCCUUUCUGUGAGUGCCCAGGGGCAUGAUGGAGCCAUAACUCUUCCCACAGCCAGUGCCAAGUCCUCCCCCCACCCCUUCUCAGGGAGGUUGGGGGUCACUUUCCAAGUGCCAAAGAGCCCAAAGGACUCUAAGAACCUAAAGUGGAAACACUCAUCUCCUGGGGAUUGAGUUGGGGGGGAAGCCCCCAACAUGUAUUCCCUGGGCUGUGCCCCCUCCCCAUGUCUGGAUCCAGGACUGUGCACCGGCUGCAGCCCCACCCCCAUGGAGAGAACUAAUGUCUGGAGCUGUGGUGAGGGCUAGUGAACACACAGGUGAAAACCA